AUGGACCUUAUUCAUAAAUUCCUGAACUUAGUUGCUCCUCCAACCACCUUCUUUUCCCUCUGCCUCCUCUUACCACCUUAUUGGACUUUCAAGUUCUUCCUUUCCUUCAUUAAUUCAAUCUUUUCUGAAAAUGUUGCUGGUAAAGUUGUUCACAUCACAGGUGCUUCCUCUGGUAUUGGCGAGCAUUUGGCGUACGAGUAUGCUAGAAGAGGUGCUCGCUUAGCACUUUCUGCAAGGAGGGAGACUGCACUACGAGAAGUUGCUGAUAAAGCGCGUGAUUGUGGAUCUCCUGAUGUUAUUAUAAUGCGUGCAGAUGUUUCUAAGGUUGAAGAUUGUAGCCGAUUGGUCGAUGAAACUGUGAAUCAUUUUGGAAGAUUGGACCAUUUGGUAAAUAAUGCCGCAAUCAGCGUUGCCACCUUGUUUGAAGAUGCAGAUGAUAUCACCAAUUUGAGACCUAUAAUGGAAACAAACUUUUGGGGAUCAGUUUACACAACCCGUUUUGCUUUACCGCACCUGAGAAAGAGCAGAGGUAAGAUAGUGGCCAUGUCAUCAGCUGAUUCUUGGAUGCCAGCACCCAGAAGGAACGUGUACAAUGCAAGCAAAGCAGCAUUGGUGAGUAUGUAUGAAACAUUGAGGGUAGAAGUUGGGUCCCAAGUUGGUAUAACAAUCGUGACACCCGGUUACGUAGAAUCUGAAAUGACCAAAGGGAAGUUCUUAUUGAAAGAAGGCAAGAUGGACGUGGACCAAGAUUUAAGAGAUGUGGAAGUGAGCGCAGUGGCAGUAGAGUCGGUGAGUGAGUGUGCCAAAGCCAUAGUCAGUAGCACGUUGAGGGGAGAUAGGUACCUAACGGUACCUGCGUGGUUCAGAAUGACGUACGUGAUAAAAAUGUUGUGUCCAGAGAUAGUGGAGUGGAGCUUCAGAAUGUUGUAUUUGACAGAAUCAAGAACUACACCUGCAAGGGAAGCCCCCAGCAAAAAGAUAUUGGAUGCCACUGGUGCCAAGAAGCUUCUUUAUCCCUCUUCAAUCCAAUCUCCUGAUGUCAAGAUUGAGUGA